UCUUAUUAAUUAUCUUUGUUAUCUUAAUUAAACACCAAUGAUCAACCAUUAGUAAAGUUUUAAGAGAAAUGGCCAUAAAUCUUGUAGUGAGUUUUCUUUUGAUAGCAUCUUCUUUCUUGUUAUCAUCACCAACCCUUGCCCAUAAUGGCAUACAUUGGUGGUGCAACCAAACCCUACACCCUGAACCAUGCCUACAUUUUAUGAGCCACCUCGAACCCAAAGACAAAGUCGAAUUCCAGAAAAUGGUGAUCCAAAUAGCGUUGGAUCACACCCUUCUAGCACACAACCACACCAAAGGGCUCGGAUCAAUGUGUAAAGAUGUACGUGAAAAGGGUGCAUGGGCCGAUUGCAUGACCCUUUUUGAUAGCACCAUCUUUGAGCUUAAUAGAACCCUAAACCCUACCAAAAAGGAUUGCUAUGAGUUUGAUAAACAAACUUGGCUUAGCACUGCUUUGACUAACCUUGAGACGUGUAUAGCCGGGUUUAAACCAUAUAUCUCCAACAAUGUUACUAAGUUGAUUAGCAAUAGCUUAGCCAUGCACAAUAACGCCGUCCCUGAAACACAAUCAUAUAAGCUAGGAUUCCCUACAUGGGUCACUAGACGCGAUAGGAACCUAUUGCAAGCUUCUAAGUUAGCCACGGCUAACCUAGUGGUGGCUCAAGAUGGGUUGGGAGAUUUCAAGACUAUUCGUGAGGCCCUUGAUGCCGCGGCAAAGAAGAGUAGGAGUGGGAGGUUUGUGAUCCAUAUUAAGAGUGGUGUGUAUGCGGAAUACCUAGUGAUUGGUACCAAUUUGAGAAAUAUUAUGCUAGUAGGUGAUGGCAUGCAAAGUACGAUUAUUACCGGUGAUAGAAGUUAUGGAGAUGGCUUCACGAUUUUCAACUCAGCAACUGUUGCUGUGACGGGAGACGGAUUCAUAGCUCGUGGAAUAACAUUCCGUAACACCGCCGGGCCUGAGAACAACCAAGCAGUGGCACUCCGAGUAGGCUCCGACCACUCAAUCUUCCACCAAUGUAGUUUUGAAGGAUAUCAAGACACGCUCUUUGCGCACUCACAAAGACAAUUCUAUAGAGAAUGUAACAUUUACGGUACAAUAGACUUUAUAUUUGGUAACGCGGCCUCAAUAUUCCAAAAAUGUAACAUAAUCGUUAGAAAACCUCUAACCUCACAAAAAAAUACCGUGACAGCCCAAGGAAGAACUGAUCCUAACCAAAACACAGGCAUUAUCAUACAAAAUUCGCGCAUCACGGCAUCACCUGACCUUAAACCAGUCAUUGCAUCAUUCCCAUCAUUCCUAGGACGACCAUGGGAACAAUAUUCGCGUACCGUCGUCGUGGAGAGCUUUAUCGAUAGCCUUAUUAGUCCUGUUGGUUGGCUAGAAUGGGAUGGUAAUUUUGCACUUGAUACGUUGUUCUACGCUGAGUACAACAAUUUUGGGCCUGGAUCUUUAACAGGUAAAAGAGUCAAAUGGAAAGGUUACAAGAUUAUUACAAAUGUUGAUCAAAUUUCUCAGUUUUUUGUGGCAAAUUUUAUUGGAGGUGAAUCUUGGAUACCAGCUGCUAGUGUUCCUUUUACUUCUGGAAUUUAAAUUAUGCUUUUAUGUUUUAUAUUUAUUAUUUGUUUGUGUAAUUAGUUUUGAACAUUAUUUACUCGAUCCAUAUUUGAUUAUUAUACAUUCCAAUAAAUUGAUCAUAUACUUUAACAUUUUUUGGGUGUGUUUUGUUGGAUGAUAAUUUUACCUUUUAAUUAAGUUUUGAAAAAAAAAAAAAAAAAACAGAGUUGAAUCAAAAUUAACCACUCUAUGUCGGAAAUGCAACACUCAAGUAAGCAAAUAACACCAUAGGU